AGGGCAAGGAGCUUGCAAGAGCUUUUACUUCACGUCAUAUUGUUUCAUGGCAAGUGCUGGGAGCACAGGCAGCCUCACAGCCAGUGGCUUCUUCUCCUCCUCUCCCUCCCCACCUCCUCCAUUGUAUCAUGCAGAAAGCACUGGCUUCAUAAUCGUGCAGCACCAGCGACCUAUGGAUCUGCUGCUGGAUUAGGUGACAGUGGCCAUCCUGAUGCUUUUAGACCUCAGGCGCAACUGCAUGUGAUAUAUGUUGGCUAAACCGGGAAAGCGAAAGUUUGACGAGCAUGAAGAUGGGCUGGAAGGCAAAGUGGUGUCUCCAACAGAUGGGCCAUCAAAAGUUUCCUACACUUUACAGCGCCAGACUAUCUUCAACAUUUCCCUUAUGAAACUCUACAACCACAGGCCGCUGACGGAGCCAAGCUUGCAGAAAACAGUUUUAAUUAAUAACAUGUUGAGACGGAUACAGGAGGAGCUAAAACAAGAAGGCAGCUUGAAGCCUGUUUUUAUUAGCACUUCGCAGUCUUCUGAUCUUCUUUGUGACACGUACCAGGAGGCUCAGCCUGCAUUCAGCCAUCUCAACUCCCAGCCUCUUCAGCCCACUGACAUUUUAAGCACUACACCACUAGAGUCUUGCCUCACUCCUGCCUCUCUGCUUGAGGAGGACACAUAUUGCACUUCCCAAACAGUCCAGCAGAAUAUUUCUAGCAGCAAAUUAACACCACCGCCUCCACCUCCUCUUGUCCAGCCAGUAAAAGACAGUUUUUCCUCAGCAUUGGAUGAAAUUGAGGAGCUGUGUCCAUCAUCUACCUCUAUAGAGGCAGCUGCAGAAGCAGCCGUGCAUCUAAAAGAUGAACCUGUUGCAGCAGGAACCCUUAAGCCUGAGGGAACACAAGAGAAUAGAACAAGUGAGCCAAAACUAAUGGAUUCUCUUCCAGGGAAUUUUGAAUUAACAACCUCUACCGGCUUUCUUACAGACCUAACUUUGGAUGACAUCCUUUUUUCUGACAUUGAUACGUCCAUGUACGAUUUUGACCCUUGCACAUCCAAUACCGGAGCAGCCUCUAAAAUGGCACCUGAUGAACUUCUCAAAACUUUGUCUCCUUAUAGCAACCAACCGGUAACCCCAAAUCAACCUUUUAAGAUGGACCUCACAGAAUUAGAUCACAUAAUGGAGGUUUUGGUGGGUUCCUAAAAGUACUCUGCAUAAUCCUUAUCUCCUUACCCCACAGAUUCACAGCACUGUGCAUGUAUACUUUUGCCUUUUUUUUGAAAAAACAAAGAAAAAAAAAGGAUCCUGUUUAUCUAUUGCAUUACGCUGUAUUGGAGUGCCUUCUGUAUGACCACUUUGGAGAUACUUUAUAAGUUUGUCUCCAGGGAUGGUCGUACCACAGUCCACUGAAGAUUUCAUACAAACUCUCAAGUGACAACUUAAACAUCAAUUUAAGUUGUCCGCGUAUAAGCACAAGAAUUACGUUGGGGAACGCUGUAAAUUGCAUGUGCAUAACUGUCUAUUUUUUCAAUAAGGUUUAUUGCAAGAGGUAAAUUUUAUUAUUUAAGUAAUCGAAACCCCUCUUUUUAGCAUUUUAGGUUGGGAGGAAAAAUUGGAGGCAUUAAUUACUGCUUUUUUCAGUAAGAAUUGCAUAUAUCUGGCUGCUUGGAUCCCCCUUGCCCAAAUGUUUUUUAUAUUUUUGUACAGAUUCUGUCAUUUAUUAUAUUGUUUUUUUUAGAAAAGGAAAAAAAGAGAAAAAAUAAGCUGAAACAAGUGCAGCAAUGUUUCAAGCGACAAAGUAAUUUUGAUAGGAUUUGCGUAUGAAUUUCCUCCCCAAUUGAAAUGUACAAUAUUAGUCCAUACCUUUUAUAUCUAGGUUCUACAGUCCAGGGCAAAUUUUUUAAAAUAACUUACCAUCCAGCUAUAUUUAAAAGGAAAUGGGGUACCUUCCCAUCGAGGUGCGAAAAUGACAACUAAUUGGCAAAUGAUCUGCUCACCCUACGAAAAGUAUUAUUUUCUAAUUUCAAUUUCUUGGCUGGAUCACAGGCUUCCUCUGAUUUCUCAAAUCUCUUAACAUGGUCCCUGCUAAUAUUAUGACUGUUCAACUUGCAUAGAUGUAUUAAGUUAAAAUGUUGCUCCUUAAAGUGAACAAAAAGUUUCAUUUUUCAACAAGGACGUCCGUCUACUCGAGGACCAUUGUCACCAAUACACUCUUGACAACCGUUUUGGUGGCAAAAACAAUGUUGGCAGUACAUUUUAUUAAAUUACUAGGAAACUGACAAUUUUUAUGGCAUUUAUGUAGAACAGGGAUCAGCAACCUCCGACAUUUCAGCUGUGGGGAAUCUACAACUCCCAGCAUGCACACUUACUUGGCGGUUCUCAGGACUCCUAUAGAAGAGAAGGGAGCUUGCUGGGAGUCGUAGUUUCACCAGUACUGGAGUGCCAGAGGUUGCUGAGCCCUGAUGAAGAAGCCCUCAUGAUGCACAAGUGUGGUCCUGCUAUUAAAGGCGUUGUCUGCUUUGGACAAUCCCUUUUGUUAGAAGGGUCCCUUGACAAUAUGUCGAUCACAUAGUGUACCACUGCUGAAUCCACAAGCUUUAAUUUCUGGGCCAACUGGGCAAUAAGGGUUUUCUUUCCCUACAGCUCCACCACAUUGGAAAUUAAAGGGUUUAUCAAGAUUUUCUAAAUGAAUGGCCUACCCUUAGGAUAGACCAUCAAUAUUAGAUCAAUGGCAGUCUGACUCUCAGCAUCCCCAUGACCAUCUGCUUGAAGGGGCACCUUCAUUGUUUACAUGGAGUUUUACACUGUUCCGUACUGCACAUGACAUACUUUUCGUAUGAGCUGUGCUUGGUAUCGUCAGGGGUGCUGAGAGUCAACCCCCACAAUCUAAGGAUAGGCUGUCAAUUUUCAAAACCUGGAUAACCCCUUAAGGCAUUACACAGUGUCCAUCCAAAUCAGUGGGAUGUCUGUGUACUGCAGGACAGUCCUCCACAGUGCUAGAUGCUCUUUGGACCUGCUCUCGACUCUGACCAAGAGAUGGUUUUUCCUUACUGGACAACCCCUUUAAUACUGUGUGUAGAUAACCAGAUCAACAUUAUCUAAGUGAAGAAAGACCAAUGGACAAGUGUUAAAUUUAGUAAAUGAAGGCACCGAUUGCCUGCUUGCAACUGUUAUUACCGCCCAUUUGCUGUCAUGUCUCACGUGUCCAGCUCCCUAGUACACAAUACAAAUCACGACACUGUAAUAACUUGCCUUGAUCCUGAAAAGCCUGAACAACAAAAUUAUGUGGGGAAAUUCAGCCAUGUCCUCCAUGUGUACAUUUUUUUUCCCAUCAGACAUGUGCCUUUCCAUUCAUAUCCAAAGUGUACAGAUAUGUUAACAGGAACACAACCCAAGCUUUUACCAGGCAAGUAUGCCCUGAAGUAGGACCAAAGACCAUCUGUAGUUCUGAAAUGGUGUGCACCCUCUUUAAUAGUAAACAAGUUUGACCUAAAAUUUUGUCCCACAAUGUUUGCAACUUGCCAUCGUUGACGUUUUAUCAGUGUUUUAUUAAUGCAUACAUUUUCAUGGUACGUGAGCUCAGAUAGAAGCAUGGCCUAUUACUAAAGCUGCCCAUAGACAGAGAUGUUGUGACGUCUAUGGUGACUGGCAGCCUCCAAUGUCUGGUCAGAGGAAACAGGAGUUAUACAAGUUAAUUUCACCGUUCAGAUUCUUUUGUUUCCCCUUCAAAACAGCCUGUUGAAAGGUAGUGAUACCCCACGGGGAGAUCCAGUUCACAGUAAAGAGCAAAUGAGGCUAAAUAGCUGCCUUCAGUUAAUAAAAUGUCCAUCUAGCCGACCAGUAUUGGUAUGUUUAUGGUGAAAUUCUCAUGUCUAUGGCCAGCUUUAGUGUGAUUGGAUUCCCUUGUUAUAUUAAAUUAAUAUUAAUUUGAAUCCUUCCAUACAGCAGAUAAAUAUACGGAAGACACAGAGGAUAACUGCCUUAUCCCUUUAAUCAUAAUACCGUAUCUUCUUCAACUAAUAUCCUUUUAAUAACUCCGAUCGGAAAUGACCACUUCAAAUCAUAUAUUUUAUUCCCUGUAUAAGGUUCAAAGCAGUAUGUUUAUGCCUACCAAAAUAUGACAGAUGUUAAUGGGGUUGUCCAUGGGGCAAAAUAUUUGGUAAAGUCUUCAGAUUUAUAAAAAUAUUUUUUGUUAAAUCGAUAAUCCCCCUGCCGCCCCCAUUCCGAUUACCUGGUCCUCACUGGUCUCUCCUUCCUAUUCCACUCUCAACACACAGGAAGUGCCCACUCAGCCAAUCACUGGUUGUAGCAGUCACCCGCCUCAACCAACCACAAUUUUCUGGGUCGUCUUUCCUGGUAAUUCCAGCUUGUCGAGAAUGGAUCAGUGUGGAGAGACUAGUGGGCACCUGGUAAGCCACUGAACGGGAGCGUUGGAGGAUCAGCGAGAGUCGUUAUUGAUCCUUUUAUUCUUUUGUUAAACCAAUCUGAACACUUUACUAAAAAUUUUGCUCUGCUGGAAAUCUCCUUUAUUGAGGUUCUCCAUGAUUGAGAUGUAACAACUCAAAGUUGUGAAAUAUGAAAGCUACAGCUGUGAUUUUUUUGGGGGGGAAGAUAUUAUUUGUACCAAAGUUGGAGCUGUCCACUAAAGGGCAGUUUUCUCUUGAGAUGAGUCUGUUUCUAAGUUCUCCUCUUCCCCAAGGCAGUGAUUACUUUACUUUCAAAUUGUGGAGAACAUAUAUAAUGCAAAUUCUUCCAUAGACAAGUCUAGGGGGGUGUUUAUUUUAUUUUUUUUAUCAAACUUUAUGGGGGAGAUUUAUCAUUUUUCUGUCUGUGCCAGUUUUCUGCUGCUCUCGUCAUUUUCCCAAAAAGGGGGCAUGACGAGGAUGGAGAGGGAGCAGGGCCAGUCGGCCCGGCACAUUUAUCUUCAUUUAUCUUCAGAUACCUGGUGCAAAUGAUGACAGAAAGCUACAGCAGCCCUGCUGUAGAAUUCGUUCAGGCGUACGGACUGCCAGAGGAUGCGCCUAAUUUAAGAAGAGGCGUGUGCUCCAUUGUAAAUUAGUCGCAUCCUCCGGCAGAGCAGGAGAUUUCAAAGACCGGCGUAAAACACCAUUCUUUAAUAAAUCUCUCCCUUCGAGUUUUCAUUGACAUAUAAACACCCCAAGCUACCUCAUAAGAACCAUUUUGUAGGGAACCCCUUCCAUAUUUAUUUUGAUUUUAAUAAAUCCGUCUUCACUAUGCUUCAUUCACAUUUGUUGUAGGGGAAAGAGGGGGCGCAGAAAAACUUAAGUGGGCAACGUUUUCAUAUUUGGUGAAACAUAAGAAAAAGACGUGAUGUAUGUUGUAUAAAUAGCAAAUGUUCAAAUGCCAUUCUACCUAACAGAUAUUGUCUGAACCAUGAAUUACCCAUAACUGGGUUUUGUAUGCAAUUUUUAUAGAGUUAAUUGUCCUUCUUCACUUUAAAAAAAAGGGCCAAAAUGGGCUUACGUGAUCAAAAACUUUCUGCUUUUUGUUCCCACCAAAUCUGUCAGGUGACUCUGCCUGCUCAUACGAAAGAGAAUGGCGGUGCACUUGAACAGGAUAACAGGAAAAUGCUGUAAGAACCCACUGAAAAUAAGAAUCCUACUGGUUGCUACGUGAUAACGCUUUCUGUAUCACACACCUUUUUGACACACUAUUACCAUUACAGUACAUGUCUUGCCUUCAUUUGGGUCACUUUGCUUGCAGCAUACUUUUUUUUCUAUUGUACAUGAGAAUACUCAAACCUUGUCUGUGAGCAGGAAGUAGUCAAAUCUUUUAAUAUUUCAUGGGAUUGUCGAGAGUGACAUCAUCACUUGUCUUUGCUUUUCCAAUGCUUUUAUAUCAGUUUGUUGUAUAUUUGUUUGACUCUUACCAAUACUAUGUGUAAAAAAAAUGUUCAUGGCUUUCUUUAAUUUAUCCUUUUCUAUUUAAUUUUGAAAACUGUGUCUUCUUGAGGUGGAGGCGAGUCAAAAAUAUCAUUUGUCAGCCAUCUUGAAUGGGCCACCUUUUUAAUACAAGAUCUUAAGGGGGCCAUACACCUUAUAUAGCUGUCACCUAGAGCAGUGUUCCUCAACUCCAGUCCUCAGGGCCCACCUGCCGGUCAUGUUUUCAAGAUUUCCUUGGUAUUGAGCAGGUGAUAUACCGUAAUUGGUGUCAAUGCAUAAGGACUUACCACAGGUAUUCAUUCUGUGGGAUAUUCUCAAUUCAUGACCAGUAGGUGAGCCCUGAGGACUGGAGUUGGGGGAACACUGACCUAGAGUCUCCCAUACAUCUAUUAUUCCUGCAACCCUCCCCAUACACAUGCGCGCUUAAAUUCCUCUGCUUAUCUCCAGUGGAUUGGGCAUGUUGACAUCCAGAAUGCCUUAUCGUUCUUUUCCCCAACUUCUGACAACAUUAAUCUAAUGUGUAUGGGCACCUUUAUAUUCUUGUAUCAAAAACGGAUGACAUUUUUGACCUGGUGUUAUAAGAGUGUUGCCGAAAACAAGAAAUGUCUCCAGACCUUUCUCUAGACUCUGUGCAGUAUUUCUUUGCUUUCUGUAUGGUACUUUUAGCUGUUAACUACAGAUUGCAACCUACUAUUUUAUAUGUGCAUUGCUUCAUUAGAAAUUACUUUUAUAUUAAUUUAUUUAAAAAAAAUUAAAUUAUGUUUUUUAUGUCAUCUGGCAAUUAUAAAGCGGUCUCUGCUCACUUCUUGCCGUCGAUCAGCUUGGGUUUGUCUAUGAUAGGCACUUUAAAGCACCACACUGACAACUUUUACAAAGGAGUCUACGAGAUGGCAAUGGGGGGGUCUAUGAUUGUGAAAGGCUUGUAUUAAAGUUUGCUUGAUAAUUCUAUAGAUAUAUAUGUGUGCACAGGAAAUGUGAAUUUACUCUGCUUCAAAUGAUUUGCUAAGCAAAACAUAUAGAUUUCUUUUAAGUUUUAUUUAUUUUAUAGCAUGUAUGAUUUAAUUAUAUCAAGGGACGUAUUGGACAUUACAGAACGUGUUUACAAAACGGGCAACACCAUGCUGAAAUAUGUAAAUGUUUCAUGAGGAAGAUGCGUUUAAUAUUCUAACUGCUUUUGUAUUUUUUUUUGUCCUACUGAGGAAGGUAGCCAUUUCGUAUAGAUAAAGUAUUUUUUAAAGUGAGCUUAAAUAGUGAUAAAAAAAAAAAAAAAAGAAUUUCAGUAGAAUGAAAUUACUUUAUUUUAUAAUUUAUAAUAUUUAUUAUUUUCUGAAUUAUUUAACAAUGCAGUCUCCAGAGGAAAGCAAUUGUCAUGAACUGGAUAGGUGAUCAGAUCAACUUGAACUAUUAUAUAAGUAAAUUACCAUUCCGUACUGUGUCUUCUGGAUCACUCCCACUAGAGGCAGGAGACAUACCACUAAUAGAGCUGCAGUGAAAAAAUAAAACAUUUCUGUCAGGACUGGGGCUAGAUUAAAGCUUACUAAAUACUGAUUUAUGAUAGAGUUCAUUGGAAUCAGUAAGCCCCGCUAGUGGU